AUGUUUGCAUCGCCGAAGACCCUGGCGGCGUCGAAGACUCGCGUUGCCCUGCCAGAACGGACAUACAGUGCUCAGUACAACAGACGAGGGAGCCGGUUGUUGUACGCCGCGCUCAAACGGCAAGCAUUGUCGGGGUCACGCUCGUCCUCUCAAUGCCGCUGCAGCUCAUCUCCGCCUAAGCCUACUCGCCACUGCUCCCGUGUCAGUGUCCUUCGUGGCCGGCUGGCUCUACGGUAUCUUUGUGCACAUUGCCCUCGAACCCCGCUGCUCAGACGAACAGGGUGGUCGUCAUCUCAGCCCGCCACUCCGCUCCCAUUUACGAUCCGCAGCAACCCUCAUCCCUUGAUCCGCAUCAACAUCCUGGCAUCUCCCUUGCUCUUCUCAACUCGCCUGAUUUCCGACAUUCACUUUCCGAACCAAAGAGAACGGUUGACUGUAGCUCCGUUUGGCAUUCGACGCAGCAACUGUCUCUGCAUCCAGUCCAACAGCGCUCCUCAAUCCUCCUCGCCUGCCUCGCUUGCGGUCCAAGCCUCGUCUGUACCGAAAAAGUCACCUGCCAUUCACAUCAUCGUCCUCAGCAUCCCCAUCCACCUCACCGUCAUCCACCAUCCAACGACCUGCUAUCUCUGCUCAUCUGCUCCUUUUCGUUGGACGUCGCUUCGUCUUCGUCACUCUUUCAGACCCCCACGAUCUUUCACCACUUAG